AUGGAAAGAAUAGUGAAUAGUAGACUACAGUGGACGCUGGAAAAGAAGGGAAUAUUGGCUCCGUACCAAGCAGGUUUUAAAAAGAAUAGAUCCACAACCGACCAUCUGGCAGUAAUGGAAAAUGCAAUACAGGAAGCUUUAAUGAGACGACAACACCUGGUAGCAGUGCUGUUCGAUAUUAAAGGAGCUUACGAUAUGACAUGGAGACACGUUAUCGUAAAAAAGCUACAUGAAGAAGGAAUAACUGGAACUUUACCAUUAUUUAUCCAAUCCUUCCUAAUCAAUAGAACGUUCCGCGUAAGAAUUGGGGAUAAACUGUCAUGCAUAAGAAUUCUCGAAAAUGGUGUUCCGCAGGGUUCUACCAUAAGCUGUAGUUUAUUUGCAUUAGCCAUUAACGACAUUGCACGUAACAUUCCAAAUGCUGUAAGAACUUGUCUAUAUGUAGAUGAUGUUGCCAUCUUUUGCUCCGGUACAAAUAUGGGUGAGAUAAAACGAAAAAUGCAAACAGCCAUAGAUCAAAUCGUACGUAACGGAAUUGAUAUAGGUUACUCUUUCUCUGAGGAAAAAACGCAAUGUAUUCACUUUUGUAGGCUAAGAAGACCACAUUACGACCCAAUUUUCUACGUUAAAGGGAACCCUAUACGAUGUAGCGGUUAUGUAAAGUUUCUGAGCGUAAUGUUUGAUACGCGGCUCUCAUGGUCGGUACUCAUCGAAAACCUAAAAAAUAAAUGCAUCAAUGAUCUAACUAUCCUGAAGGUCUUAGCAAAUACUAAUUGGGGAGCAGAGCCGAAAAGUUUGUUUAAGAUAUACCAGACAUUAGUUCUGAGCAGAAUUGACUAUGGCUGCAUAGUAUACUCGUCUGCGAGAAAAUCACUUAUAUCCAAACUUGAUAAAAUACAUCAUUCUGCGAUAAGGAUAUCACUUGGCGCUUUUCCUACCAGCCCAAUAGAUAGCUUACAGUGCGAAUCGGGUAUGCCAUCGCUAGAAACAAGAAGAAAUUGUAUACUGAUCAAGUAUUUCACAAAUAUAAAAGCACUACCAGCACAUCCGAAUAAUUCCAUUUUAGAAACAGAUCAAACUAUGUUUAGGUUGCGACCAACAAUAACUAGGCGAGCUGUCGUCCGUUUCUCUGAAUAUAUAGAGCGUAACAACAUAAUUCUACCUCCCUUAUUAGAGGAACAAAUACAAGAACAUAGUCCAUGGAAGCUAUCAGAACCAGUAAUUAGAAGUGAUCUCUUAUUACUCGAACGUAAAGAAACCCCACUUGAUACAUUUCAACAGAAAUUUACAAAUAUAUGUAGUGAGUAUGGAGAAUACGACAUCAUAUUUACCGAUGCGUCUAAAUCUGGAAAUGGAGUAGGAUGUGCGAUCGCCUCGCAGAUAACAAAUAAAUGGACCUUAAACCCGCAGUCGACUAUAGGAUUCGCAAAAAGAUAUGCCAUCUGGAAAGCUCUUCAGCACUGUUCCUCGUUGUCAGAAACUCAAAGAUUUAUUAUUGCAAGCGAUAAUAUAAAUGCAUUAAUAGACUUAACACAAAUUUACUCCAGUAAUGCUUUAACUAAACUGGCCCAAUCACAACUAUUAAACCUAAAUAACAAAAAUGUUUCCAUCAUAUUUAUUUGGGUGCCAGGACACGCAGGUAUACCAGGCAACGAGCUUGCAGACAGAACAGCACGAGAAGCUUCUGAACAUCCACAAGUAGACGUUGACGUGAUGGAAAAAACGGACGCAUUUACAUACCUAAAAGAAAAGAUAUUAGACACAUGGCAACAUAAAUGGCAAGCGGCGAAUACAAAUCUUACCACAGUAAAACGGCAAGUAAGGGGAAUGUUUUACAUUAAACAUAUGUCCAGAGCAGAUAUGGUCAAAACACACAGGCGGAGGAUUGGUCAUGUAAAGGUUACACACGAGCAUCUGCUGAAGGGCCUCGAUGCACCCUUGUGUGAAUACUGCAACGAGAGACUGACCGUAACGCACAUAAUUUGCGACUGUGCAGCACAUAACCACCAAAAAGCUGAAAAGAAAUUAAUGAGAAACUUACCUGAUAAUCUUAAAAGCGAUGACCGGAUUAGAAGUGAACUGUUAAGUCGAACAAACAGGGUGAUGUAUAAGAUCGAAACAGGAACUGCCGAUCCUAUUAAACAAAGGUACCUUCCCUUACUCCCAGCAAUGCAAGCACAUGCUAAUGACGCCUUAGAUCGUAUGCUAGAGGCGGGUAUUGUUAGGAAGUCUUCGUCGCCGUGA